UUCUUAUUCUCAAAAAAAAAAAAAAGAGCGGAAGCGGGCGUAAUCUCCGACCCAUCCAAUGGCGACCCUUAUGGUGGAAAAUCUCCAGUCUAGCGACACAGAAGAAGAUGUCCGAAAGGUGUUCGUUAAGUUUGGAAAGUUGCUGGAAGUAAGGAUGGAGCAAACCCUCACGACCAAAAAAAAGAGAAAAAGGAUGGAGCAAACCCGGGCGUUUGUGACUUUUGAAGACCUCUACGCUGCCAUGGACGCCGUGCGCGGCGCCGAUGGUCAUAAUGGAACGAGUGCAGCUUCAUUCUGUUACGGUUGGAUGGUCAAGCUUCAUUCUGUCGAGAAGCUUCCGAACCUGCAAAUCCACAACAACCAACAUUUUCUGCCGCCUAGAAGGCUCUACACCACUCAAGAGUUGGCAUUUUUUACUAAGAACCGGCUGCCUGUUCCUCCAAUUCCCGAAGAUGUACCGGAGGUUCCGUAUGACCUUGAGUCUCUUCGAAAGACAUCGAGUUUUGGAAGUUUUAAUGCCGGUGGCACUGUAACUACAGGCAUUGGAGCUGGUAAUCAGGCACCUGAAACACAUGGAGUUUCAAACAUUGUAAGCUUGCUUUUCUAAGUCUAUAAAGUCAUUUUUCUCGUCCUACAUUCACCUUGUUUUAGGGCUGGCCCUGGUACGGUUAUCGCACAUUUGAGCCUAAACCACUGCCAUGCCACCACUUGACGGCAUGUACUAAUUCAGUACCACUAUCAUGCCGACACUUGUCAAUACCACACUAUCCGUUACCAACAGAGACGGUUGGUAAUCCUUCAGUUGGGCUGAUACCGAUAGUAAUUAUGGGCCUCAAGAAAUAGUUUGAUUUCUGCCCAUAUACCUGUUUAUGUUGUUUUAAGCUCUUUUUUUUCCGAGCAAUUACUAGAUGCAACAACAAUUUUCUGAAAAAUACAUCUUCAUAUUCCUCACUUUCUAAGGAGACAGAUGUGAGGUCAAUAAUCAUAAGGGACUACUCCCAAGUCCGAAAGUAGCGAAUAUUACAUAACUUCAAAAUAAUAUCUUGCUGUUAACAAAAAUCUGCUCGUGUGGUCUUCUUUGUAGCACUUCAAUAACUUAACAAAAACACAGCAGCACCAAUAGUUUCUGGCAUCCAAAUCUUCAAGUUGCAGUUGUUGUAACUGGGUUCUGAACUCCUAAAUGCAACGCAGCAGUGUCUU